CGGAGCGUCGUGAGGAGAGGACGUUCUUUAUUGCCGAAUAAGUGAUUACUUGAUUGAGUGACGCCAUUGUUAGACAACAGGAGGCAGAUUAUGAAGAAUAAUUGUGUAACUACCACCAAGCGAAAGAAAUAACACGCAUUACCUAUUUUAAAAAUAUACCAAAGAUCCUCAAAGAUGCGCUCAGUGUGUUACGUCGUGGUGCUGCUGGCGCUGUUGUCUUCGUCAGUAGCUGAGGAGGAGGAGUGGUCGUGGGGCACCAGCGGACCUCGAGGUGCCUCCACCAAACGAUCGGCGGCCGCCAAAAGCGCGGCCAAAACUUCUGGUGACCGCAGCGGGCGGUUCGUCUUCGAAGAAGAGGACGUCAAGGGCCGUAAAUCAAGAGUUGACCUUGGUGCUCCAAUUCAACCAACCCAUACUUUUACCGUAAGUCCCGGCAAGCGUCCCGAGCCCGUAAGGGUGAACCCAAUACCUUCCGUCCAGCCGGUCGACAACCCGCUCCCUAUCAUUGCCCCGCGCCCUCAUGUGGAGCUGGUGGAUCACCAGCCGCCGUUGCGGAUACUAAACAUAGACUCAGACAGCGAAGAGAACUUCCCUCCGGUCUUCACUCCAGUGCGCCAUCACGUCACGCUGCACAAGGUGGACCUUCCCGUGUCCACUACCAUAACAGAUCGGGGCGAUAGGAAAAUAGUUAUCGAACCCGCGGUUAAAGCUGAAGGAAGGUUCUUCAACAGCAUGGAGAAAAAACUCUGCGGCAUGGGAAUCGGUUUCAAUUGCAAGUCAGGUGGACCUCCAGUAAACUACGUCAACUUGGACCACCUCCCAGUCCUGCCUCAACCAGUCUAUCCUCCUCACCCUCCUCAAUACCCCUCUCACCCUCCUUCCCCUCUUCCAUAUGGCGGGGGUAUCGACCCUGCAAGUGUUCAUUACGUUCAGCCUGUAGCUCUGAAGCCAGUUGGGACUCCAAUCCAAGCCGUCCCCUUAGGACCGGCGGGCGGGGCAGUCCCGCAUGCAGGACCACAAAUAACCACAUAUGGAGCCGGCCAUCUUGGACUCCAAGGACCAGUACCACACGGUGCACUGCCCCAUGGAGUUCAUCAGACAGGUUUCAGUCACCAUGGUUCUUUUCAGCCAGAUUUAGGUCACCAAGCAGUUCUCCAUCAAGGAACCGUGGUUCAACACGGCACAGUUCACCAAAGUUCCUACGGACCACAAGUCCACGAAGUGAGUCAAGCAUACUCACCUCCACAGCUCCAGCCCAGCUAUAAUCCUCCCACGGAAACGUUCAAAGUAGUUCACCAAGGACCUGUUGAAUAUAAAGGUGAAGAUGACGGGAAAAUAGUGCAGCACAUCCACCAACACACACAUAUUUACGAAGGAGGAAGUCCAGUCUCUUAUCAAAGCGAUUCUGCCCACGACAGCGGCGCUCAUUUAUAUUCUCGACCAUCGCGACCAUCGCGACCGUCACGACCUUCUCGACCUUCCCGCGACCAUCGUCCUCUCCCAGUCGUGCCUCCUCAUCCGAAUUCUCUUCAAUAUUCUGCAGGUUACCGGGAGUCGUGUGAAUGCGUCCCAGCACAUCGCUGCUCAUCUUUCGACAGAGUUGCUCGCUCAGAAGACUUCAGUCCCCUCGAUGCUCGCAAUAAUAAUAAGGCAAAUAUAUUGUCCAAUUCCACUGACAGUUCGUCCAAUUCUACUGACACUUCUUCAGAAGAAUCGACACCGACUAGAAAACGACGAGACACUACCAAGUUCAAGCGACAAACUAACACCUUUUUGAAAGCUGAAGAGCGGCGGCUCAACAUCGGGUAUCUCCCCGGUCCCGGCGGCUGCAUCGGCAGCGACGUUUGCUGUCGCAGCGCCGCGCGCUCUGAUGACUUCGGAGCAAAAACUUUCCAGUGCGGCCAGCAGAACGGGGCUCUGGUGGUCGGGCGAGUCAAGACGCCUUAUUAUGAGCCCGGGGACACCGUGUUCGGAGAGUACCCGUGGCAAGGUGCUAUUCUGAAGCACGACGGCGGCGACAUGGUGUACGUGUGUGGCGCCGCCCUCGUGGACGACAGGAACCUGCUUACCGCCGCCCACUGCAUACACAAACUGAAGCCCCACGAUCUGAUUGUUCGUCUUGGUGAAUGGGACGUACAAAAAGAAGACGAGUUCUUCCCCAACGUCGACUACGACGUCGAAGACGUUAUAGUGCAUCCUGACUUCUACGCUGCGAUGCUGCACGCUGACAUCGCCAUCCUACGACUAUCGACCAGAGUUGACUUCAAAAGAUACCCUCACAUCUCGCCGGUUUGCCUCCCCGAGCCGCACUCCCACUUCGAUGGGGAGUUGUGUGACGUCACUGGUUGGGGAAAAGACGCCUUUGGGAAGACGGGGAGCUUCCAGAACGUGCUGAAGAAGGUGGAGGUGCCGAUGGUGCCGAAGAGCGCGUGCGAGGCGGCGCUGCGCAGGACGAGGCUCGGCCGUAGCUUCUCCCUGCACGAGAGCAUGAGCUGCGCCGGCGGCGAGGAGGACAAGGACGCCUGCAAGGGAGAUGGCGGUGGUCCCCUGGUGUGUCGGGGCAGAGGUGGGGCGAUGCAGCUGGCGGGGAUCGUGUCGUGGGGCAUCGGGUGUGGGGAGCGAGGCAUCCCCGGCGUGUACGUGGACGUGCCUCACUACGUGGACUGGAUCUACGACCACACUAGACUUUAGUUGAGCUCGUUUUUACAUUAUACUACGUGGACUGGAUCUACGACCACACUAGACUUUAGUUGAACUCGUUUUUUACAUUAUACUACGUGGACUGGAUCUACGACCACACUAGACUUUAGUUGAACUCGUUUUUUACAUUAUACCAUGUAUGGUAUGUAUGUACAUUUUCUGCCCAGCAGUUUCAGCUGGUAUGACAAGUCCGAUUUCGCGAUCCCUAAGCACUGUUGUGUUUUACGAACACUCCGAAGUUGAAUUAACAAUCUACUGUUGAAUAUUUGUACGCUUUUUUAAAAUGAACGCUGUCCGAUUGAUGACAUUCACCUACAAAUAAUGAUCUUCAUGCUCUCUAAAAUGCAUAGGGAAAAAUAUCAUGAAGAAUAAUCUUUAAGUAAUUGGAAAUACACGCGCAAUAUGUAGGGCACCGAGGCGCGUUAAUCCUGACACUAAAUGCUUAAAUUCGCAUUCAUUUUCACUCUGGAAAUUUUGUCGGUCAUUAUUUAGGAUCAUUAGAUAAGAAAAAUUAAAUGAAUUCCAAAAUCUAUCUUAAUUUGUAUAUUUUACGUAUUAUAAUAUAGUGAGGAAAAUUUUUCCAUUCAGUUAGUCUUCUAAACUCACGAUGAUUAGUGCAUCAGUGGAUAUCUCUGGGUCUACAAUCUAAAUCAAUGUUCCUGCUCGUAGCGGUUGUUGACGUGUAUAAAACUAUGUAGAAUUGAUUAAAAGAUCAUGAAAUGUAACCAAAUACGAACGAAACAGCAAAUAUACCAGUAGUUUUUUCACCAUUGACAUAAAUAUGAAGUUCAAAAUAGCUUGCAGAAGCGUUGUAAAAUCAGGAUUUGCGAUACCACUGUAAUAAAUCGUUGAGCUUGCAAUUGCUGUCAGCAUCGGAACUGAAUAUCAUCAUUAUUUAUUCGUAAAGAGUAAUAACGUAACAAUAUCCGCGACGAUAUUAUGGGCUUCUGUUGUUUGUAAAUAUACUCGCUGUUACCUUCAGAAUUAUUUUAAAAUUAUUUAAUAAGUACUAACCUCGAAUUAUAUAUAGUUACGCCUUUUCAUCAAGUUUUUAUGUUCUAUGUUUUUUAACGGUAAAGUUUAGGCAAGUAUAGGAAGCCAAUAUGGUUCGAAUGUUCUAUAUAAUGAAUAGCAGCUAUAAUAUGAGUAGCAGGAACCAAGAGACACUCAUGAAGAGGAUUUACUGUAUAAGUGUGAGACACCCUAGCGUACACCCUAGCGUACACCCUAGCGUACACCCUAGCGUACAGUGGCAUCACCAUUCAAUAAGUGUAAUUUCUCAGCCCAGGUUCAACAGGCCGAACUGACCUUCAUUUUAAUUAAGCUUGCUCCCGGGCUAAUAUUUCUGUGCCCUUCAUGUGCAUAUUUUCUUCGUUCGUUGAAACAUUUUUAGAUUUUUUGCAUCUGAUUUUUGUUAUAUUUUCUUUAUUAUGCUUCGGUGAAUAUGAAACUGUGAGGGAAUAUAUUAUUUACAAAAAACUUGGUGGAAAAUCUCGGCUACUAACUCGAUGUCGCUUACGCUAAGGUAAUGAAAAGAUGCAAAGAAAACGAACUUGUAAGCGAAUAUUUCGUAUUUUUGUGUUAGCCUAACUCUGUUCUUCUUUGAGAUCUUGCCAAAAAAGUUUACAUAUAUUCUG